UUGACAGCUUGCCUAACGGCCUGAAAAAUUUAGAAGCACUGGAGGAACUUGAAGUGGAGGGAAUUGGUAUAAGAGAUAUAUCGUCAUUGACUUUAACAUGUUUGAACAACCUUAAGAUAUUAUCUUUCCAGAGAUGUGGGCUUCAGAAGCCACCGGUUUCCCUACUGUUACAGUUACCGGCCUGCCACAAACUAGAGCAGCUAAAUCUGGAAGACUGUUGUAUCGAAGUGUUACCCAAAAAUUUUAGCGAAUUACGCUCACUGAGAUUUUUGUAUCUUGGCAGAAACAAUUUUGAGAGUCUGCCAGAGGGUAUCAAAGACCUGACUAAAUUGUAAGAGCAUGAUUUAAGCAAUUGCCAGAGGCUGAAAUCCUUACCGCAAAUUCCAGAUAAGUCACGACGUAUAGAAGUAAAGGGUUGCACAUCACUGGAAGCGGUAUCAGGUUUACCAAAUCAAUGCCUAAGUAUGGGGACUCACGAAGAGGAAAUUAGCUUCAUCAAUUGUUGCAAUCUGAAACUAGAUUUGACAGAUACUCUGCCGAAUAUCAAGAGAAAUGCAGAUCUAUGGUUUAGGUCUGAAGAAAACAAAACAUCGCUGUCAAGCGUUGACCUGCCAAAGGCAUAUAGCCCGCCAAAGGCUUCUUUACGUUACCCUGGAAGCGAAAUUCCAGAUUGGUUUACCUUUGAAAGUCAGAAUGGUUAUAUAGAGCUUCCAUCAGGUUGGCUCAAUGAUGACUUAAUUGGUUUCGCUUUGUGUGCUGUUGCAUCAUUUCGAGACUAUGAAGAGGCUGGAGCUUUGCAAGUUCGUUGUUUUCUGGUUGUUAACGACAAGAUCAUUUCCGCUGGCUGUUUGUUUAAUGAUGAUAGGCAUGAGGUUAUUGAAUCAGAUCAUGUAUUCUUAGGAUAUGAUUACGAUAUCAUGGCCUUGGAAUUGCUUACUCUCAGUUUGAAUAGCAAGGGCUACAUGAAGUUCUUUGUCGAGCAUGGAAGUAAGAAUAACAGAAAAAGAAGCAAGGUGAAAAAGUGUGGAGUCAGAUUCUUGUACGCCAAAGAUAACUAUAUGAGAACAGAUGCAAAAGUGGACAGACACCAGAGAUUUCCAGCUAUAAAUGGCUGCUUGAGGUGCUCUCUCCGUUGCUGCAUGAAACAUGAUGAAAUGUACGAAAAAAACCUGUAUGAAACUUUAGAUAGCCGGUCCCCACAUUCAGAAAUAUACAAGCCACCGAUAAGAACGGAUUAUUUAACGUAUACCGGGUACAAAGUGGUUGCACACCAUGUGCAUCGGAAGCGCCUGGAUUGGGCUAGACUUUAGUCAAACUUGGAGGUUGGAAUCUUCUUAAAGAAAAGGUGAUGUAACUCCAAACCCAUGAGCUUAUUAUACAAGGUUAUUGGAACAACUUGAAUGAUUCCCUUUUACUUUCCCAUGUCCCUCGGGUGGUAAAAUGAUGGCUGAUGCUUGUGCAAAUUCAGAACAGCAGGUUUCAUCUUGCUUUGGUAGGAAACCCUCCACUGGAUACUCCAUUUCUGGGAAUAAACGGAGGGAAUUUUUUUUUAAAACAUACAUAUGAAACUCAUGAAUUUAUCAGCUAGCCUUCAGCAGUUUAUAUUCAUGUCCUAUGCGCUGCCGCUUUCCAUUCUAUUCAAGAACUGUGAAGUAGCUUUUUUUCUUAUGUUAUUCGUUGUGUUAUCAGACUGGCUUGACCUCGUAUGGACAUGCUAAAGAUUUAGCUGGCAACUUGGCGGAUGGACACAUAUUCUGAUGACUGUCAUCUAAAUGUUUUCUGGAUUUUCUUCCCUGGAAUCGAAUUAUGUUAGUGGACUGCUGUGCGUGAAAACAUUCUGUUUUAAUAUUUCUGGUUUUUGGUUUUCUAGGCUGUGAAAUGAUGCUGAUUGCAACUUGAUAAUGUUGUAAGCCGCCAUUAUUUGAAUUUUCUGUUUUGUUUGAAACACUAGUUUAUUGUGAACUUAAAAUUUUCCUGAUGUUUCUGCCUUCUGAGGCUGCUUUCGCCUUUAAUUUUGCAUUAUCAGAUUUGUUUCCAGAUAGUUGGACUACUUAUCAA